AUGGUUGGCAGAAGAACCAGGGCUCUGAGUGCCUCCGGGAGGAGGCGGACAGAAGAGAAAACCAGAAAGGAGCAUCACGACAAUGGCAAGGCCAGGCUUGCUCACCCGCAGGAAAGCUGGGAUUCUUUGUCGGAGAUCUGGGAGGUUUCCUCGGACCAGACGGAGUCAGUCGGCAAUGGGACUCCUGACUCAGCGUUAGCCUGGUUCGCGCACUUGACCUACGUUCUAGACGGCAAGGUGACCGAGCUAGAGUUCUGUCUCCAGACGAUCCUCUCCAGAGUUUCAGUAUGCCGAUGCUUGAACGCGACGGGAGCAAACGACAGCUCGAGCGAACGGGAAGCAAGCUCCUCGGGUCAUAACCUGUCGAUUAUCGAUGAGAUGGAGCAGCAAGUGGCAGACGUAACGAGCGACAUCCUGAGCGAAUAUGAUGAAAUGGCGUUGUCGGCGUCGAAGCUCCUGGACGUGGCAGAGAGCAUGCACAAGAGCCAGUCCAAGAGCAAACAAGACGAGAAGGCGAGCAUGGAGCUGACGAUGAUACAGUACGAGAAGAAGAACCUUCUGAGCGAGAUGGAGGAUCUCCGAUGUCAAACCAGCAAGAUGAAGAUUCAGAAACAACUGCUGGAGAAGUCGAUUGACAAGGAGAAGCUCCGCGCCAUGCGCGCUGAGGAGGCAUUCGCCAUCGAGAAAAGGAAAGUUGCAACGCUGAGCACACAGAUCUCGAGCCUGAAGGAACAUUAUGCCUCGACGGAGAUAGAAUGCGAGAAUAUGAGAGAUCAGCUUCUGACAUUGGAAGAGAAGUUGCGGCAUAUCAGGAAAGAAGCAGCAGACAACAAGGCCGAGAUGGAGGCUGCGCAUGAAAAGGAGCUCACAGCUCUGAUGAAGAAGCAGGACCAGGAGCUCUCUGCAUCCCGGGCGAGUUGGGCAAAGAAGGAGGAUCACAUGAAGGCAAAGCUGAAAAGCCGUCGAGCCGCUCUGACUCCUACGGCCGUGAAGGAACUGGAGGUGGAGGAUCUCGGCAUCGAAGUCGGAGCUGACCACCGCUCUCGCAGCAAGAGAACGACAGAAUCAGCAAGACUUCCUGCUCUCGCAACGCACAAUUCAACUCGGCAUCAGCGGCUUCUCCAGCAGGCGGAGAAUGUGCAGAGAGACUUGCAGGAUGAGCUGGCAAAGGCGCGGGAGGCGAACGAGAGUCAAGCCUUUGCGCAGCAUCGCGACUCCAUGCAGCGAGCGCGAAGUCAAAUCAACCAGCAGAGUGAGGAGCUGGAGAAGUUAAGAUCAGAGAUUCUUCAGCUCCGAUCAGAGCUGCUGUCAGAGAAAGCCAAGAGGGAUCAAGCUCUCAACGAGGCCUCGCGUGAACGCUUCUCUCUCCUAGAGGAGAUCGACAAGCUCCAGAGGAGGCAGGAGCGCGACCUCCGCGCGGACGUCGAGGCGCGGGACAAGGCCAUAGCGGCUCUGAAGCAGAGGCUGCAAGCAGCUGAAGCUGAGCUGGAGGGGGCGAAGGCUCACGAGGCCCAGGCAGUCAGCAAGCUGGAGAGGGAGCUAGAGCUGAUGAGGGAGCGGAUGACGGCAGUUGGACGGGGAGAGCUUCUGUUCCAGGUGGGGAAUGCUCGCUCCAUGAAGGAGCUAGAGGUUGAGAUGGAGGAGCUGAGAAGGGAGAAUCUCAAUCUCAAGAUCCUUGUGGGAGAUCUCGAGCGCGACAAGGCAAAGGUGUGA